CUCUUCGAAUAAGACCUUUAACUCCAGAAGACUUAAUUAACAUACCAGCACGAUUUCAACGUAAUGUUCUCUCCACUGCGGCGUACGCUCCAAACCAAGUCACGGUACGACAUGAGACAAAACAAAACUUUACAUUUGACCAUGUUUUUGGUCAAGAAUGUAGCCAAAAAGAAGUAUACGAACAUAAGGAAAGUCGGAAAAUUAGAUUGGUAGUUUUGGGAAAAGAAUUGGCUCUAAGGAUUGGGCGUAUUGGGUCAGGAUUGGAAGGUUUGAUAAGCAUUGGGGCCGACGAUGGGCAACUUGAUUCGGAACCUUUCGCUAUUCGAACUGGAAGAUUCUGGCUUGUACUUUGUACGUCCAGUAAAACUCAUACAAUGGGAACAUCUAAUGACUUUACUUCACCCCCAGAAUCAAUGGGUAUAAUUCCACGUGCAAUGACCUCCCUUUUCUCUGCGAUAAAUUCGGUUCAAUAUAAACAACGUAAAUUCUCGAUGAGAGUAUCCUUUGUGGAAUUUUAUAAUGAAGAUCUUAUUGACCUACUUUCUGAAGGUAGUGAAGAGGAUAAACCACAACUCUUGAUUAGAGAAGAUCCCAGCGGAAGUAUAUCAUUAAGUGGAUUACAAGAAAUUAAAGUUAAUAGUGUCACUGCCGAC